UCCGGUUCUAAAUUCCCAACGGAUGUUAUCAAAUUGGUACGAUGGGAUCCUUGGCAAUCGAAGUAACCAAACUGCUGUUCCGAAAGCUAUCGUAUCCUUUGACCAGACGAAGGAUGAGUGGGAGUCUCGAUCUGACCUUUCCCCAGGAAAUUGGGAACGACCUAUCACCAUGAUUCAAUCCCGAACGCACUUCAACCAAAUUCACGGAACAAAGGAAACCUUUUACACUGUGCUAGACUUGCGGCUGAAUGUUUGCAAAUAUUUCAGCUCUCGAUGCACUUUUCGGCGAUUAGUUGGCACGAAUCAUGAAAACGAUGACACCAGUAACCAAACACAAUUUGUUCAAAUAGCGCGCAGAUGUUAUUUCAAGCAAAAUAUGACACCGUCACAUGGUGCUACUUUGUCCUGGUAGUCCUCGGUGUUAAACAUAGAUCGAUUAGAUGGAUUUUAUACCAAGC